AUGCCCUUCCUAGGACAGCAAACAAAGCUCCGCUGGUACUCCUUGACGUUACAUUAUCAUCUCAGCAUCCUGAUGUUUAUUGACAUUAUUGAGGCUACUGGGCGACAUGACUUGCUAGCCAGCGUAGCCAAAACCAACGCCGACGCCGAAAACGCCGUCAUGAAUGCCCUAGUCUUUGGGCUUCAAAAUACUUUUACCGCGACUACUAGCUCAGUGUCUAGUCCAAAAGAUGCCAAGGCCUUAAGCGCGUCCGAUCUAUCAUUCACAGUACCCAUUAUAUCUAUCGACCCAUACCCACAUCACGUCGUUGCAAGUGUCCAGCUCAUACGUAAAGCAAUCGAUAGGGACUUAAAACAAGGCAAGAUUACCGAUGAAUCGCAUGCAAGUCUUCGAUCUACACUAGAGGCAGCCCUGAGCCACCUUCCGCAGAGCUCCAAGUCCGUGCAGGCGGCACGGAACCGGUUUUCUGAGAUGGGAACGCCUAGUGCGAUAUUGGCGCGUCAAGAUCCGUUGAUCCAGCAGAUGAUGCAGUCGAACUUUCCGCUCCCACCCAAAGCCACAACACCUUGCAACACGAUGGGUUUAGUCCGCCAUGCCACCGCACCGGCUACGCGCGGCGUGCCUGUCUUGAAAGGUCAUGGCUCGGUCCGGCUACCAAUAUCUGCAUUGCUACUACCAAUAAACCGAUUAAUAAUUGCUCCGGCCCUGGUCAGUCUUUGCAAGUGUGGUCGACGGAUCCGAUGUGUUACAUUGACAUCGAACCGCCACCCCCGCAUCGGAUCCGAUCAUAAUGGAGCUGCAUCGACGAAAGUCCAGUUCUCAACAGUUGCAAUGAGAGGCAAGUGGACAAGUAAAGGCAACGAUGUCCACUUAAUUGAUGGGAAACCAAGCCAGCUCCAGGCGAGCAUCGAGAACGUCAGUCAACUACGAUCCCAGCUUGAUCCAAACGGCAACUUUGGCAAAGUGCGCACACAUUCUCCAGAUGCCAUGAAAGCUGCCUUGAGUCAAUCAUGGCUCGUAGUCGAGUGUGUUCCCGAACGUCUGCACAUGAAGCAAGAAGUCAUGGCCCAGCUUGAUGACUUGGCGCCAGAAGACACGAUUAUUGCAUCCAAUUCUAGCAGCUAUCCGUGCUCUGAAAUCGUCGCCGGGCUAGCCCUAAAGAAUGCGAGGCGGAUUUUGAACUGGCCACCGGAGAUACCAGUCAUCGAGAUCAUGGGGCACGAAUCUACCGAUGCGUUUUUGAUCCGCACCAUGAUGGAGCGGUGCGCUGCACAUGGGUUCUCGCCGUUUCAUGUGAGAGGCACAUCAAUUGGAUACAUUUACAAUAGAAUAUGGGCUGCCAUCAAACGGGAAGCGUUAUUAACAGCAGCUGAGGGCGCGGGCACACCAGACGAAAUUGAUGCGAUUUUUAGAGGUGUACUGAAGACAGGCAAAGGUCCAUUUGAGCUUAUGGAUAUUGUCGGCCUCGAUGUGGUGUUCGAUAUUGAGGAGCACUAUGCCGCUGCGAGAGGUCAUCUCCCAGAACAACCGAGAAGCUAUUUGGCCAGUUACUUGCAGAAAGGGCAUCUUGGUGUGAAGAGCGGACAAGGAUUCUACACAUAUGGCAGCUCUCCUUCGAUGCGGCCAGAAAGCCCUCGGGAGACUGCACCUACUACAGCCUGUAAGAUAGACACGAGCCAGAGCGCACCUCAUAUACGGGGGUAA